CGAAAAGACAAGACUGAUGCACCAUACGGUGGUAAUGGCACACUAUCACCCAAUACCGAACAGCCAUCAUGUCAGAGUUCGAUGCUGCCACCACCAGGUGGCGGUAGUAGCGGCCCGCAAUCAAAUCACACUCACGUGACACAUGUCACUGGUGGCGGUAGCGGUGGCGGCAGCGGAAAUAGUAGCAACACUGGCGGUCGUGAUCAGCAUGAUGGCGGUCAUACACAGAAUUCCAAAUUGGAACGCCCCAAUACGCUUGGCACCAACAAAGUGUCACGUCGCGUGAACAUUUGUUAUCAUAAUGAGCAUUAUCCAGAUGGCGGCGCUGUAGUGAGUAAUGUUAUCGGCGGUCCGCCCGGCAGUACGCCACCACCCUACGCGUCCGAUGGCAAAAUGGCGAAUGCCCAAGGUGGGGGCAAUGUAGGUGCUGGCGGUGUAUUACUCUCCGAAUUGCCAGAACCACCGAUACCAGUGUCGGAAAUUGGUCCAAUCCCACCGCCGCCCAUGUUCUCCACACCGAGUCCAACCUUGAUAGCUGGCCGCGCACAUGGGCCGGGUGUGAUGAAUGAUCAAGGCUAUCAGGAUUAUGAUUAUGAUGAUCAUGAACCUGACGAUGAUCAACUAGACUCCGAUGAGGAGUAUAUGUUCCAGUUGCGACAGCAACAACAAUCAUUACAUCCCAAUCAUGUCGAUACACAGCGCGUUGAGGAAAUUCCAGCCAAAGAGCCAAAACCAAAUGCAGUUCCUCUUAAGUCGGCACUGAAGAAGAAGACCGGCCAAACGUCCACCUCAUCACCAGCCACGCCCACACAGGAUCACAGUAACGCCAAUGGCAAUGUACAACAAGGUGGUGGGGGUGGUGGUAGCGGUAGUGGUGGCGCAGCCACAUCGGCUAGUCAGCGACCAUUGGUAGUGCGCCAGGAUGCAACCAACAGUUAUUCGCUUAACAGGCAGCAAGUGUUCAACAUCAAUCUGCCCAGCACCGUUGAGAAUAAGGAGAAUACACGACCGUUUGUGAUACGCGAGAGCAGCAGUGACAGCGAUGAAGGUGAUGGACGUAUUCUGUAUCGUGAUGAUGAUAAUGACCGGCAGGCGAAAAUUGCGCGCAAAGAGUCAUUAUCGCUGAAGUUGCAAUUGCGGCCAGAUAAACAGGAUUUGAUCAAUCGAAAUAUCCUGCAUCAGGUCACCGAUAAUGAGCUGAAGGAGUCAAAGGAAGCCAUUGGCGCACGACUCAUACGUCGACUGUCAAUGCGGCCCACAGCUGAGGAGCUGGUGGAACGCAAUAUAUUAAAGACACAAUCACCCGCCGAAGAGAAGAAACAAAAGGAGGAGAAGAAAUCGUAUUUGUUGCGAAAGCUGAGUUUCCGACCCACGGUCGAGGAACUGAAAGAGAAGAAAAUAAUACGUUUCAACGAUUAUAUUGAGGUGACACAGGCGCAUGACUAUGAUCGACGUGCUGAUAAGCCAUGGACAAGACUGACGCCGAAGGAUAAGGCCGCCAUACGUAAGGAAUUGAAUGAAUUCAAAUCAUCCGAAAUGGCGGUACACGAGGGUAGUCGGCAUUUGACAAGGUUCCAUCGGCCAUGACAAAUGCAAGGGCAGCAAACGACACUUGCAACAGCAGCCACAUCAGCAGCAACAUCAGCGAAAAACUCAUUUUCUAAAUGCAACCAAUACAAUUUUGUGCUUGAACAGCAAAAGCGGCAGCAGCAGCAGCAGCAAAAGUUUGAGCGUGAUGGCAUAAAAACGAGAAAAUGAGAUUUAAAAAAAUAAAAAUAAAAAAAUUUACAAAAAAACUUCAAAACUUCAUCAAAAAAUGUAAUAAAAAAAUUGAAAAAUAAUAGCUCAAAGGCGGUAAAGUAAAAAAAAAAAUACAAAAACAAACAGACACACACACGCAUACACAAAUGCGAAUUAGAUUGUUGAAAGGAUGGAGGCAAACUAAAAAACAAAAACGAAAGUUAAAUGAGAAAAUAAAGACAAAUUGUAAAAAAUGGCAAAUAAAUUUCUAUUUCUACAAUAAAAGUAUAUAAAAUAAAAAGUUGAUAAGAAUUGAAAAUAAGUUAAAGAAUAAAGCAAGAAAUUAGCAGCAGAGAAGUUUACCAAAAGCAAAAAAAAAACAAGAAACAUAGAAAACUGAAGUAAAUUGAAGCAAGCCAAUAAAUAAAGUUGACGACAGCAGAAGCGGCAUACGUUACCAUACAGCGAUAAUUACAACAUCAACAACAAGAACAACAGCAAAUUAAAAGCAGCAAGCAAUUUGUAACAACAUGGUACGUGGAGCACCACCACCAACAACAGAAAGAAAAUAAGAAACAGCAAGGCUAACAAGCAGCAUUGAGUAACCGUAGCCUGGCAACUCGGCAACGCGGCCAUUCUGACUGUUGGCAUUGAGUGUACGAUUCCCGGCGCGCUUAAAUACAUACAUAUUUGUCACUUUGAACAAAAAUGCCAACAAAUAAACUAUUUGUGCCACCAACAGGACAUCAACAAUCAGCUGCAGGUAGAUAGAAAAGCUGCAAUGAGAGUGUGUGAUGAUAAGCAGCGAACUGUGACUUUCAAAAUUUCUUCGAAACUCGUUCAAAGAGUCAAAGCCGCCAAAAUAUUCAUUCCAUUACAAAACAACUACAACAACAACAAUAAUUAUAAUACGCGAAUGGCUUGCAAGAUUCGCCAUGACGAUAAAUCCCGCUAGCAGCAGCGGUGGCAAAACUAAAGCAACAACAACCACAGCAGAAAACAAUAUUGUCCGCAAUAGCCAUGUUCAAUGCAACAGCAACAGCAAAAAUAAUAGCAACAAAGCAAAUAGCCGUACAUUUUAAUUUGUCCAUUAUAACUGUAAGCUUGAAUGGCGCACACUUUCGGUCAUUUAAAGUACCUUUAAGCUCAUUAUUGUUAUUUAUUAUGUAAAUGUGUAUAACAAAGGCUUCCGACAAACGUACUUUCAUUCAUUCAUUCAUCCAUUCAAUAACUCAACUCGCCCAUUAAAUCUAAAUACAAAGUUUUCUCCUUGUCUACAAAAGACUUUGAAAAGAAUUUUCUACUUUUCCACUUUGCGUGUGUUAAAGCCGUAUUUAUUGUUGUUUAUCUUUUGUAACGCUUGUUUACAUCUUCCGCAAAAUGGUAGCUGCUCUAAAAAGUUGAAGAUGCAAGUAUUUUUAAAUAUAAUCUGUAACUAGCUAACGUAAUUGUAAUUCAUACAAUAAAUUUGUUUUGUAAUCGUUGAAAGUUUCAUAGUCGAAAUAAAACAAUGACCGCAUAUGAAAUGAAA